AAGUUACUCCGACACUUUUGAUCUUCCGUCCCGAGUGAGAAGGAAAAGGAAAGCGUGGUCUGCCCACCGGGAGCUGGGGUGCAGGGGGCGGGGGGGGGGGGAUCCUGGCAAAAGGACUCAGCCAGUUUUAGCCGGAGCGGCGAGUCCAGCCCACUGACACUUCAGCCCCGGAAAGGGUUAACCGCAUCCAGCCGGUUCGGUUUACAUGUAAAUAGAGAGCAGCUGCUCCGCGCGGGCCCCGGCUGGCCCUUUUAAGUUUUUGAUUGGUUGCCAAUGACAUCACCGCCCGUGUUCUAACUCUGAGGACCCGGAGCGGCGUCGGAUAAACCCUCCUUAAAGAGACGAGGCCACGCCCCCAGCUCCUCCCCCCAGGCUGCCCAUUGGCCGCGGGCCGCUGUGAGGCCGCGGUCGGCUUUCUCCGGAUCCCUAUUGGCCCAACGUGCCGUCGGUCGGCAGCCGGCCCGCCCCCCCAGAACCUUACAUUUACAGUGUAGCAAAAGAGAAAGUAACUAUGUUGCUGCUGGAGAUCAAUGAAGCCAAGUGAAUGGGGGCUGAAUGGGCGAAUCCCUAGCUGAAGCGGAGCGCCAGAUGGUGGAGGGCUACGCUUAUUUAUGAAACUGUCUUGAGUUCUUCUUGAAUUGCCAGUUUUCAGCCUCCUCAUGCCUCCGUCUCCUUUAGACGACAGGUUAGUGGUGGCAUUGUCUAGGCCCGUCCGACCUCAGGACCUCAACCUUUGUUUAGACUCAGGCUACCUUGGCCCUGCCGCCCCCGGCAGUAGCAGCCGCCCUCCGGUCAUUGCCACCACCGUCGUGUCCCUCAAGGCUGCGAAUCUGACGUAUAUGCCCUCAUCCAGCGGCUCUGCCCGCUCCCUGAAUUGUGGAUGCAGCAGUGCCAGCUGCUGCACUGUGGCAACCUACGACAAGGACAGUCAGGCCCCGACCCAGGCCGUCGCCGCUGCCAUCGGAACCUCUACCGCCUGCCCUGCCAGCCAGAUGGUCAACAGCAAUGAGAACGCAGGCCCUUUAAGUCCGUCAGGUGGGGUGGGAAGCCCUGUGUCAGGGACCCCCAAGCAGCUAGCCAGCAUCAAAAUAAUCUACCCCAAUGACCUGGCGAAGAAGAUGGCCAAAGGCAGCAAGAGCCACCUGCCAAGCCAGGGCCCCGUCAUCAUUGACUGCAGGCCCUUCAUGGAGUACAACAAGAGUCACAUCCAAGGAGCUGUCCACAUUAACUGUGCCGACAAGAUCAGCCGGCGGCGACUGCAGCAGGGCAAGAUCACUGUCUUAGACUUGAUUUCCUGUAGGGAAGGCAAGGACUCUUUCAAGAGGAUCUUUUCCAAAGAAAUUAUAGUUUAUGAUGAGAAUACCAAUGAGCCGAGCCGAGUGAUGCCCUCCCAGCCUCUUCACAUAGUCCUCGAGUCCCUGAAGAGAGAAGGCAAAGAGCCUCUGGUGUUGAAAGGUGGACUUAGCAGUUUUAAGCAGAACCAUGAAAACCUCUGUGACAACUCCCUCCAGCUCCAGGAGUGCCGGGAGGUGGGGGGCGGCGCGUCUGCAGCGUCCAGCGUGCUACCUCAGUCUCUCCCCACCACCCCUGACAUCGAGAACGCGGAGCUGACGCCUAUCCUGCCUUUCCUGUUCCUCGGCAACGAGCAGGACGCUCAGGACCUGGACACGAUGCAGCGGCUGAACAUAGGCUACGUCAUCAACGUCACCACUCACCUGCCCCUCUACCACUACGAGAAAGGCCUGUUCAACUACAAGCGGCUGCCGGCCACCGACAGCAAUAAGCAGAACCUGCGGCAGUACUUCGAAGAGGCCUUCGAGUUCAUUGAGGAAGCUCACCAGUGUGGGAAGGGGCUUCUCAUCCAUUGCCAGGCGGGGGUGUCCCGGUCCGCCACCAUCGUCAUCGCGUACUUGAUGAAGCACACUCGGAUGACCAUGACUGACGCUUAUAAGUUUGUCAAAGGCAAACGGCCAAUUAUUUCCCCAAACCUUAACUUCAUGGGGCAGUUACUGGAGUUUGAGGAAGACCUGAACAACGGUGUAACACCACGGAUCCUUACGCCAAAGCUGAUGGGUGUGGAAACGGUGGUGUGACAGAGGUCUGGAUGGAAAGGAUUACUGUUCUCCACUAGGAGACGAAGAGAAAGGAGGAUGGAUUCUUUUUCUCUCUUUUUCUUUCUUUCUUUCUCGUUUUUUUUUUUUUUUUUUUAGAUGGGGGUAACGUUUGUGAAUGGAAACAAAACUUGUUUAAAAACUCUUUAUUUUUAACAAGUGUGAGAAGAAUUUAACUUUUGAUGCCCAUUGAGAUUUACUUCCCGUGAACUGACGAAGCAGGGAGGCUAAAGGAGUAAUUUUUUUAAGCCAACAAUAAAAAUAUAAUAAAAGCUGUUUCUUCCCCCUUUUCCUUUUAAGCUAUUUGUAGAGUUUAUGAUUAAAUAGUCUGUGCAGGUUCAUAGACCGAAGAUACUACUACAAUUGCAACAAAUUAAAAAGAACCAAAAGGAACCAAAAAGACAUCGAAUCACAAAGGCCCGACAUCUGUCUGGGUCAUCCACGCAGAAAACAAACACCCAAUCAAACCAAGCCCUGGCGUGCUCACUGGUGCAAAGAGAAAAAUCAGGGCAACUUAAGUGGUCUAAGAACCCUUCACAUUCUUUAAAGAGACAAAAGAUACUGUUGAUUUUGUGUGUUUCAUACUCUGGAUUAUUUUUUUCCCCUCUCUUGGGUUUAAGAGAUUUUUUGAAAUAGCAAGGGACUGACCAUGUUACCAUGAGCCUUUACUGGCUUCUCGUGCAAUAAUAUGGGGUUUUGAGUGUGCAAACCAGUGAGAGCUGGCAGCCAAAUAAUAGGCAAAUAGUGUAAAUUUGCCAGCUUGGAGAUAGAAAGGAAUUCAAUAAAAAUCAGUUACUUUCCUCCCCACCUUUUUUCCUUUAUUAUUAUUAUUAUUAUUAUUAUCAUUUUUUGGAUUUGAUUCUGGUUACAGUGCCAUAAACCUUGUUACAUAUGUAUAUCAGAAUGUAAAAAAAAAAAAAAAAAAAAAAGACAAAAAUUUAUUUAAAAAUAUUUUUCACAAAAAACAAAACAAAACAAACUUGAUGUGUUUCUGUUGAUUGUGUAAAAAUUUAUUUUCAUUAUAUAAAUGAAACUCAUUUGGGGAUGUGUCUUUUUUCCUCAACUCAGGUUCAAGCAUCUCUUACCUCCGGUACCUUGUGUAUGUAACAUAAUUUGGAAAGAAACACAUGUUUUUAUAUGGGGAAAGAAAGAUGAGGAAGGGAAAACAUUCUGUGUUCUCAGGGAGAAGCGCAGAGAAUUAGCAAGGAACCCAAAGACCCCCGGUCAUCGGCGUGCCCAGUCGUCACCCCCUCUUCUACCAACGAAAUUCUCUCCAAAUUAGGGGAAAUGUCAGGUGAAGUCAC